AGCAGUACUUCAAGUAGCACUUCUACCACGACCACCACUAGCAGUACUACUACGAGCAGCAGUAGCAGUACCACAAGUAGCACUACUACGACAACUACUACUACAACAAGUAGCAGUAGUACCACAAGUAGUACUGCUGUAAGAACGGCAACAUCAACUACCACAUCGACAACAACAACUACAUCAGUAACAACUGCAACAACCGCGACAACUCCUGCACCACCAGCAUACUAUUGUCCAGGAACGAGUAUAGGUGCUUAUUGUAACGUGACAUCAGAUACUUGUUCUAUGUCACAACCAUGUCUUAAUGCAGCAACUUGUUUUCCAGAUGCGACAGUACCAUUAGGAUACAGAUGUGGAUGUCAAACAGGCUAUACAGGUAGUACUUGCGAAAAUGAUGAAAGACUAUGUAAAGAUGAUACAUGUUGGAAUAAUGGAACAUGUAUUGAAGUGAAUUCUACUACGGUUGACAAUAAUGGUACAACUUUCUAUUGUAAUUGUAGUGAAAGUUUUACUGGUGUGCAUUGUGAACUUAAAGUUAAUUUAUGUGUUAAUAUAACAUGUCAAAAUCAUGGUAUAUGUCAAACAGUUAAUAUGAGUUGGAGUUGUAUAUGCUUAACUCCAUCACUUUAUUAUGGUAAUUACUGUGAAAUUCAAACAAGUGCAUUAAAAGUUAAACAAGCGUUAAGUAAAUCAUUUGCAAGCGUUGCAAUAGUUGCUCUAGUAUUAACAUGUUUAUUUGUUAUAAUAAUGGAUGUUCUUAAAUACGUGUUUAAAAUUGAUCCUGUUAAAGCUGAAAGACUAAAACAGCUACGAGCAAAAAAAGCAGCAAAAUUGAAACCAAAAGCGCCAAAUGUUGCUAUUCGAUUUCAAUAUGUCGCAUAA